AAAACUGGGAAAUGUCCCGCCAUUGAAGUCCGCGUUUAUCGCUGCCUCCAUUCUGAAGAAGGCUCUCACUUCUUCUUCUUCUGUUCUUCCUACCCGUUCUGCCGCCACAACCGCCGAGCUCUCGCCGUCGGUCACUCCCGCUUUCUGUCUCGUCUGUGGUUUUGGGUUUUUUUUCUUACGUUCCAUUCUACUUGCUGCGUCUUUUCAGAGUAUAGUAUGGAGCUUUAGCAGGAAGGCUAGCCAUCGAGAGUUGCUGAUAAGUUCCUGAUGAGCAGUGAGAGACAUAUGAAUCUGAAUCUAAGCAAUUCAGGUAAAGGUUCAAGGGGGAAGGAGAAUCAGCAGCCUAGAGUGAAUUGGUCCCAGCAUGCAAAGGUAUACAACAAAUCAUCAGCGCAAAGGGAAGUUUUGAGCUCGAGUUUCCUGUAUUCUCUAGAAUCUCAGAAACCUCAAGUUGAAGUAGAAAUGGCGAGAAGGCUAGCCUCUUGUCAAGUUCAAACUGUGCAGAAACAGCUCAGUCCACAAGUUGAAAAGGCUUGGCUCGCUCUUUCUAAACUUCAAGUAUCUAGCCGGAGCUACAGUCGACCUGGGAAAACUGGUGCACUAAAGAAUGUGCAAAGUAGACAGGGACAUGCAGCUGUUUCACAGAGCUCAUCUACUGUUCCUAUAUAUAAUGAAGGUGUGGUUGCACAUAACAUCCAUCGACCCAGUGUUCCGAAUGGUGAAAGUACAGAGCAUACAAGGGCUAGUGGUACCAUGCCUGCAGCUCAUUCUGGUCCCUCCAGCAAUCAUAGUAUGAAUAUUGCAGAAGGGCCAACUGACUAUAUGGAUGAAGACGAUUUUUUCCAGAGCAUAGACGUUGAUCAAAUAGCUUUGGAACACUACCAUUCUGGUUGCACACCUCAACCUUCAGUUUCUAAGUCUCAAGUAAUAAGUCCCUCUGUGAAUAAAGAUAACUUCACUAGCCGAGAAGACCCAUUUAUACCACCUGAGUUAUCAUCAAACUGCAGUCAUGGACUUCAGCUAGGGCUCUGUCCACAUGGAACUGCUCAUAUGCAGGAGAUAAAGGACAUGUUACUCAACAUUUCAAACGAAUUACUUGAUAAUGCCAACCUUCAUCCUGCAGAGAUGGAGAAGCUUCGUCAAGAUAGGUUGAAACUGAAUAGACAGCUCCAGCAACUUGAGGGCUAUGUUAGUAAUCAGGAGAGGCAAAAGUCAAAUCUUUAUGCAUCCACUACAACAGUCAACCUCCAAUAUGGAACACCUCAGAUGGCAGCAUUCAAAAUGCAGCCAAAUGAUUAUGUACAGAACGAAUCAGGUGCAAGAGGGUAUGAAAAAUGGAACUCUUCAUCUCUUCAAUUCACUCCCGUGGAUGGAUUUGGGGGUUCAUAUACUCCUGUGGAGAGGGAGCCUUAUGUACCAAAGUUUGCUGAGGUGAACUACAGUGAAGGCUCAAAUGACCCUAAGUGGAGCAGUUUAAAUUUCUCAUGGGCAAAACAACUUGAGGAGAAUAACAAGAAAAUUUUUGGGAAUCAUUCUUUUCGCCCCAAUCAAAGGGAGGUGAUUAAUGCCACAAUGAGUGGCUAUGAUGUCUUUGUUCUAAUGCCUACUGGAGGAGGAAAGAGUUUGACAUAUCAGCUUCCUGCUUUGAUCUGUCCAGGGAUCACAUUAGUAAUUUCUCCACUCGUAUCACUUAUCCAAGAUCAGAUAAUGCAUCUUUUGCAGCAGGCAAACAUACCUGCCGCUUAUUUGAGUGCCAAUAUGGACUGGUCUGAACAGCAGGAGAUCAUGAGAGAACUUUGCUCUGAUUAUUGUAGAUACAAGCUGUUAUAUGUCACACCAGAAAAAGUUGCAAAAAGUGAUGCUCUUUUACGCAACCUGGAGAGCUUAAAUACUCGUGGAAUGCUUGCCAGGAUUGUAAUUGAUGAAGCUCAUUGUGUGAGUCAGUGGGGACAUGACUUUAGACCAGAUUACAAGGAACUUGGAAUCCUAAAAAAGAAGUUUGAGAAAACUCCAGUUUUAGCUUUAACCGCUACUGCAACAGCUAGCGUGAAAGAAGAUGUAGUGCAAGCGCUUGGUCUUGUUGAUUGCAUUAUUUUCAGACAGAGUUUCAAUAGGCCAAAUCUAUGGUAUGCGGUGAUCCCAAAGACAAAGAAGUGUUUGGAUGACAUCGACACGUUCAUUAAGGAAAACCAUUAUGAUGAAUGUGGAAUUAUUUACUGUCUUUCAAGGAUGGACUGUGAAAAAGUAGCUGAAAAGUUGCAGCAGCAAUGUGGACAUAAAGCAGCAUUUUAUCAUGGUAACAUGGAGACUACUCAACGUGCUUUUGUCCAGAGACAGUGGAGCAAAGAUGAAGUUAAUAUAAUCUGUGCCACAGUGGCAUUUGGAAUGGGUAUCAACAAACCUGAUGUUCGCUUUGUGAUUCAUCAUUCUCUCCCAAAAUCCAUUGAAGGUUACCAUCAGGAAUGUGGACGUGCUGGUCGAGAUGGUGCCCGCUCAUCUUGUGUGUUGUACUACAGCUACAGUGACUAUAUACGGGUUAAGCAUAUGCUUGUACAAGGACAGGGAGAGCAAAGUUCCUGGACAUCUGGAUAUAAUCGUGGAAACACAUCAAAUUCAGAUGGGAUAUUUGAGAAAAAUACUGAAAAUCUGCUCCGAAUGGUGAGCUAUUGUGAAAACAACGUCGAUUGUAGGCGUUUCCUACAGCUUGUGCAUUUUGGGGAGAAGUUUGAUUCUGGGAACUGCCGGAAAACAUGUGAUAACUGUACAAAGACCAAAACCUUGGUGGAGAAGGAUGUCACCUUGAUAGCAAAGCAAUUGGUGGAGCUGGUAAAAAUGACUGGACAAAAAUAUUCAUCUUCUCAUAUUCUGGAAGUCUACAGGGGUUCCAUGAGCCAAUUGGUAAAGAAACAUAGACAUGAGUCUGUGAGUCUGCAUGGAGCUGGAAAACAUCUUGCGAAAGAAGAGGCUUCUCGUAUAAUGCGCCAUCUUGUUGUCGAGGACUAUCUUACGGAGGAAGUUAAGAAAAGUGAUGUCUAUGGAUCUGUUUCAUCAGUGCUAAAGGUGAAUGCACACAAAACUUCAGAUCUAUACACUGGCAAGCAGAUCCUGCUAAGGUUCAUAUCAUCUGCAAAAGCCUCUAAGGUAUCCAAAGCUGAUGCCCCUCCAGCAAAAGGAACAUUGCAGCCUGACAAGCUAAGUCCUCCAUCAGCUGACACUACAGCAUCCGCUGUACCUAAAGUCAAUAAGGACCUAGCCGACCACAUAUACAAUGCUCUACGAAUGCUUCGAACUAAUCUUGUUAAAGAGGCUGGCGAGGGGUGUAUGGCAUACCAUAUAUUUGCGAAUGCCAUUCUGCAUCGAAUCAGCAGAAGGAUGCCCAGAACAAAGGAAGAACUCCUGGAGGUCAAUGGAAUUGGAAACAUUAAGCUAACCAAGUACGGCGAUCGGGUGCUGGAAACCGUAGAAGCCACAAUCAGAGACUUCUACAGCAAGGAUGGAAGUGGGAGCAGCAGCAACAGCACUGAUUCGGGAAAGAGGAGGAGAAAUGGUGCUGCCGCUGCUAACAAUGGCGAUGGCUGUGGCAUGGAUGACGACGACGACGAGGAGGAUGACUUCAUCGUGAAAAGCACAGGUCGGUCGAAGAAGAGGCUGGCAAGGAAGCAGCAGCAGUGCAACAAUGGCGGUGAUGGUGAUGUUUGUAAUAAUAACCGGAAUGGAUACACACUUCCUCCCGAGGAAUUCUUGGACGAUGAGGAUCUAGUUUUCUACGAUUCGAGUGGCGAGUUUGAAGCGGCCGUUGCUGGAGCCACAACGCCGGCGGUUGAUCAGAAGAAUAGUGGAGGAAGAGUGUUGCCUUCUUGGGUAACGCCGGCCAGCAAGGUGGUUCGGACGCAAUAGCUGGCUAAUGGAUGAUCGACAGCUUGUCGUUACGCCGUGAUGACGCGAUACUGGGAAACCUAUGGUUGUUGCUUACGUCACUAGCAGAACCGUCACUUGAGCUCUGAUUUUUUUACGACAUUAUUGUGUUAAUUUACAGCGAUUAAAUAAAUAAUUAUUCCAUCUAUUUUUUAAUGAAAUGGAUUGAUUUUUAAAGGAAAAUAUAUGUCUGUUGUUUUUUAUUAUUACAUUCUUAAUUAUAAAAAA